AUGCGGAAAUUCUAUCUAUGCAACUUAUGCAAAUUUCAGGUUGUCGCAAUCAUCUCUGUGUUUUUUCUAAUCACAGCCAUAUUGGUAUUCUGUUUAAAAACGCAUCCAGGUCUUCGAAUAUCAGAGAUAACUCCAAUUGGGAAUUUAUCGCGAGAAGCACGAGCAGCCAGUCAUUAUAAGUACAGGCCAGCUGGUCUUACUGUGGAUAAAACCAAUUCUAAAGCUCAUCCAGGGUUCAUGAUGGUGGAAACACUUUGCAAUAUAUGGUUUACCAUUGAAAUAGUGAUACGGUUUACAUGUUGUCCGUCAAGGAUAGAGUAUUUGAAGGCUCCAGUAAACUUGAUUGAUAUCGUUGCUACGGUUACUUUUUAUAUGGACGCUCCAGUAAACCUGAUCGAUAUCGUUGCUACGGUUACUUUUUAUAUGGACGUAAUUUUCAAUACCUUUGGUGCCUCAGCGGAUUUGGAAUUCUUUUCAAUCAUUAGAAUUAUGCGGUUAUUCAAGCUCACUCAUCAUAAUAGCGGGUUGAAAAUUCUUAUGCAUACAUUCAGGUGA